UUGUAUUUCCUUUUAGUAAAAAUGGGAAAUUCAGAAAGCCAAUACAGUCUUCAGGGAACCAAAAGUCAUACUGUAUCUACACCUGCUACCAAGCAGAAACCCUGCUCUCUGAAAAUUCGUGGCAUCCAUUCUAAAGAUGAAAAAUCCUGCUCCAUACGUGGAUGGAACCACAGUUCCAGUAAUGCAAGCUACAGAUCUCGAUCAUUUGCUAGAAGCUGCCUUUCUCAUUUUAAGAGUAAUCAGCCUUAUUCCUCAAGACUCAGCGAUACAGUAGUAAAAGUAUCUAAGAGUAAUAGCCAUGCAAAGCAUAGGACGCAUACAUCAGGGAACUAUGGUCAGGGGACUAAUAAUGCAUUUCUGCCCGAGAAUGGUUUUCACUACAUUGGCUUUGAAACUACCAACAACUACGUUCCUUCCAAGGAAUAUAAUGGACAUUUCUUAAAUUGCUAUGGAGAAAAAGAAAUUUCAUCACCCGAUGACAGAAUGAGUCCAAAGGUUCUCAUCAAGACAUUAGGGAAGCUUGAUGGGUGCUUGAGAGUUGAAUUUCAGAACAUUAGCAGUAAUAGUAGCAUUUCUAGAGAUGAACCCGGUAAUCCAGUCCAACUGUUAAGGUACUUUCCUACUUCAGAAUCUGAAAAGAACAACAUGCUUGAAGGAAAGGAAUCCUCUAGUACAGACUGUGCUGAAAGCCAUCGUCUGUCAGCUACUGAUUCAAGACUUAGAUCCAGUAAAGGAAGCUCCAUUAGUUCAGAGUCGUCAUGGUAUGACGCUCCAUGGGGCAAUAAUGGAGGUAUAAAUGAACUAGAGGUGUCAUACAUAUCCAGAAGCAUUCCAGAUGCAAGAAUCCAUGUUGAUUUCUCCCAGAAUGACUGCAAAAAAUCAUUGAAUCAAAGUUCAUCUCUUUCUUCCCUCCGUGAUUUAUAUGGGGAUUCAAAUCUAAGAAGUUUGCAAGCCUCUAAUAUCGGAUUUUCUGCAGAUUACAUCAAUACACAUGCUAGUUUAAGCAACCGGGUUUCAUUUACCUCUGCCAUAGAUGUUCCUUCUAAGGUGGAGCUCAGAGGAUCUCCACAAUACUCUUCCUUCACUCUGCCUUGUAGAAAAUCUACGAGCCUUAAUGAGGAUGCAGCUAAGAAGGAAACUUUAAAAAGCCGAAUGCGUCGGAUCAGUGACUGGACAGGAAGCCUGUCAAGGAAGAAAAGGAAGCUACAGGAGCCAAGAUGCAAAGAUUCAAAUGAGUAUUUUGAUACUGGAUAUGAAAGCCUUUCUACGGACCUUUUUGCUCCUUCCUAUUUCUCUGCUUCUCUGUGGUCCCCGAGCUCUGGCCAGAUUUUGCCCCAAAGAAGUGAAUCAGCUAAUGCAAUCAGCAGUGACAUCUUAAGGCAAAAUAUUUAUGAAAAUUUCAUGCGAGAGCUUGAUCUGAGCAGAACCAACAUUGAGAACACUGACUCUUCUAUGGAAACCGAGGACUCAAGCCGUGAGUCACUCAGCUCCUUGGAGCACUUGGACCUGCUGUAUGAGAAGGAACAAGGAGUCAUUCGUAAAGCCGGAUGGCUUUUCUUCAGACCUCUUGUGACCCUACAGAAAGAGAAAAAACUUGAGCUAAUAACCCGGAAGAAAUGGAAACAGUACUGGGUAACAUUAAAAGGGUGCACUCUGCUGUUUUAUGAGACUUAUGGGAAGAAUUCCAUGGAGCAAAAUAAUUCACCCAGAUAUGCUCUGUUUGGAGAAGACUGCAUAGUGCAAUCUUGCCCAGAACACCCAAAGAAAGAGAAUGUCUUCUGCCUCAGCAACUCUUUUGGAGAUGUCUACUUAUUCCAGGCUACAAGCCAGACUGACCUUGAAAACUGGGUUACCGCAAUACAUUCUGCUUCCGCUUCUCUCUUUGCAAAAAAACUUGGGAAGGAAGAUACAGUCAGAUUGCUGAAAAAUCAAACUAAAGCCCUCAACCAGAAGAUUGACAUGGAUAGCAAGAUGAAAAAGAUGGCUGAGCUCCAACUCCUGAUUGUUAGUGAUCCUAAAAACAGGAAAGCAAUUGAAAACCAGAUUCAGCAAUGGGAGCAGAAUCUGGAAAAAUUUAACAUGGACCUCUUCAAAAUGCGCUGUUACUUAGCCAGUCUGCAAGGUGGAGAACUUCCCAAUCCGAAGAGUCUUCUGGCUGCUGCCAGCCGUCCUUCGAAAAUGGCCCUUGGGAGACUUGGCCUCUUCUCAGUCUCAUCAUUUCACGCCCUGAUCUGCUCCAGGGACGAGGCAGCUCUCAGAAAGAGAAAAUGGUCUCUCUCACAGAGAGUGUGGAGCAAGAAGGGUUUGUUCUCCUCCCUGAAGGGACUGGAUACCCUCGCGAGAAAGGCAAAGGAGAAGAGACCUUCUAUAACCCAGAUUUUUGACUCAACUGGAGGGCAUGGAAUUCCUGGAACACAGCUACCUCAGUAUUGCAGUAAUUCUGCUGAGCAGAAAGUAGAUGAAUUUCUAAAUGUUUACUACUCGGCUCCAGAAAAUGCUUCAAAAGAAAAUAUCUGGGAUAUCCAGUCAUUGGUUCGGUACCCUGAUGGCGAAGGAAUAAUGUUAACCCUAAAGCCAAAUCACAAAAUAAAUGAUGUGUUGACCUUGGCAUGCAAGAUUAAGCAGAUGGAGCCAAGACAUUAUGGUUUACAACUUAGAAGGUUUAUAGGUGAAAAUACUGAACACUGUAUCCCCGAAAUGUAUGAAUAUAUUCAAGACCAGAUAUAUGAUGAAAUAGAAAUCUUUCCUUUGAGCAUCUACCAUGCGCAUCUUACUAAGAAAGAGGGUGUAGCUGAUUUUGGAUUUGCAGUCAACGUGCAAGUUGAUGAACACCAGUAUCUUACCCAUAUCUUUAUAAGUGAUGUUCUUCCUGAUGGGAUAGCUUACAGAGGAGGCUUGUGUGUUGGGAAUGAAAUUUUGAUUAUAAAUGGAGAAUCUGUAUCUGAGCUUGACCUCAGGCAGAUGGAAUUGCUGUUCUCGGAGAAAAGCGUGCAGCUAACAUUGACCACAAAUCUCAAAGGCAAUAAAAAAACAUUAUGUACUUCUUUGAAAGAUGGUAUCGUUUCCAAGGAUGCAAGAAAGUUCUUGCCCCCGCAUAACCAAUCACAACUCUUGGAGGAAUUUCUGGAUAACCUCAGAAUGAAUACAGCAAAUGAUUUCAACCAUGUGCCUGAUGUUAAUGGAAGUCUAAAAAGGAGCAACACAGAUGGCAUGCUGGACCAGUUGCCAGAGAAGGAGAAACUUGAUUUACCAUUCAGGAGCACUAGGGAAAUUGCAGCAUUGUGUCCACAUUUCCAUGAAACUCAGGCGAAUGGGAUGGAAGGAUUAAAAGAUAUUUCCCAUCUAAAGCCAUUGGCAAGACAACUUACAGAUGCAGACAGACUCCGGAAGGUCAUCCAAGAACUUGUAGACACAGAGAAAUCUUACGUAAAGGAUCUGAGCUGCCUCUUUCAGUUAUACUUGGAACCUCUUCAGAGUGAGACUUUCCUUACUCAAGAUGAGAUGGAGUCUUUAUUUGGCAGCUUGCCAGAAAUGCUGGAUUUUCAGAAGGUAUUUUUAGAGACCCUUGAAGAUGGAAUUUCCUCCUGCUGUGAUUUUAGCACACUUGAAACCCCUUCUCAGUUUCGGAAACUGCUGUUCUCCUUGGGAGGCUCUUUCCUCUAUUAUGCUGAUCACUUCAAAUUAUACAGUGGGUUCUGUGCAAACCACAUCAAAGUCCAGAAAGUUCUGGAAAGAGCCAAAACUGAUAACACCUUCAAGGCUUUUCUGGACGCUCGCAACCCCACUAAACAGCAUUCUUCCACCUUGGAGUCUUUUCUUAUCAAACCUGUUCAGAGAGUGCUGAAAUACCCUUUGCUUUUGAAAGAACUAGUCUCUCUGACUGACGUAGAAAGCGAGGAGCAUUACCAUCUCACAGAAGCGCUGAAGGCAAUGGAAAAGGUGGCCAGUCAUAUCAAUGAAAUGCAAAAGAUUUAUGAGGAUUAUGGUGCAGUGUUUGACCAACUAGUUGCAGACCAGAGUGGAACAGAGAAAGAGGUCACAGAACUUUCCAUGGGAGAACUUCUUUUGCACUCUACUGUUUCAUGGCUGAAUCCAUUCACAUUGUUGAGCAAAACAAGAAAAGAGUUGGAGCUCACAGUAUUUGUUUUCAAACGGGCGGUCAUCUUAGUGUAUAAAGAGAACUGCAAAUUGAAAAAGAAAUUGUCAGGUAAUGUCCGUAACAAUCAGAAUGAUCUGGAUUUGUUUAAGUUUCGUUGGCUGAUUCCUUUAUCUGCUCUUCAGGUUCGACUGGGUAAUACAGCAGGAACAGAAAACAGCAGUAUUUGGGAACUGAUUCAUACAAAGUCAGAAUUAGAAGGAAGACCUGAAACAACCUUCCAGUUGUGCAGCAGUGACUGUGAAAGCAAGACCAACAUAGUCAAAGUGAUUCGUUCAAUUCUAAGAGAAAACUUCAGGCGUCAAAUAAAAUGUGACUUGCCCUUUGAGAAAGCAUAUAAAAAUCGCCUAAUACUGCAUAAGAAUCGAAUUCCUGUUUCAGCAAAAUUAGCUUCUUCCAGAUCACUGAAAUUACUGAAGAAUUCUCCCAGUAAUGAAUGGAACAGCAGUACAAGAAAAGGAAAUGAGGCAGAUUCUGAUGAAUGCAGUUUGAGCAGCAGUACACCAAGUAGCAGCUGCCACACUACUGACAGUAUCCUGGAAUCUAAAAACUCAUCUCCCGUGAAGGGUUUGCAGAGCUGCACAUCCGAUUUUUCAAGUAGUCCUGUAAAGGAAUCUGAUAUUCUGAGUGACGAGGAAGAUAAUUUCCAGCAACUUCUAAAAAAAAGCAACACCACAAAAGACAUAGAAAUCCAGUUCCAGCGGUUGCAGAUUUCUGUGAUUCAGAACGAUGAUGUGGAGACUGCUUAUCCUCCUGAGUUAGAGAACAGAGGUGGACAGAGAGCAGAAGAACAGCCUAAACUAGUUCGUGCUCACUUUUGCCCUAUUAAACGAAAAGUGAACAGCACAAGACGUGACAAAGGGACAUUGCGGGCAAUGCAAGAACAGCAUUUGUCGCUUGACAAUCAGCCUGAUUCUCCGGGUUUUGACCUGAAUUCAAUUUUAGAAAGGGAAUUUAGUGUGCAAAGUUUGACAUCAGUGGUUAACGAGGAUUGUUUUUAUGAAGCAGGAGACAAGUCCUAGCUGUUUGAUUUGUA